GAACGAUCUUGAACCGGGCUAUCCAAAUAUUCACAACUACCCUCUGGCUUCAAUUGUCAGACUAUCAUAAUCUUAUGUUUUUUCAUUUCUGAAUGUUGUCUACCACUUUCAUCAAUAAACUUAAGUGCGUUUAAUGUGAUUUUUGAGUCCUUGAUUCACUUUUCUCUUCCAGAUAAUUUCCACGCUCCUUCAACACGCAAGGUACCUUCAGGUUAGAAUCAAACCCACCGAAGAAGGAACGUUACUGCUUGUGUAGACCCAUCUAGUUAAAAAUGGAUUUCCAACACCGUGUAGGAGGCAAGACCGGUUCUGGUGGUGUAGCAUCGGAAGCUGAAGCUAAUCGCGACCGUAGGGAACGUUUGCGACAACUGGCACUUGACACGAUUGAUCUGAACAAAGACCCGUAUUUUAUGAAAAAUCACUUGGGGACAUACGAAUGUAAACUGUGCCUUACUUUGCACAAUAAUGAAGGGAGCUACCUUGCACACACUCAAGGGAAAAAGCAUCAGUAUAAUUUGCAAAGACGAGCUGUUGAGCAGGCCCGUGAGGCUCCAUCUACAAUGCAACCAGAGCGCGUUAAAGUAGAGCCGAAGAAAUUCAUUAAAAUUGGUCGUCCUGGAUAUAAAGUAACCAAACAAAAGGAUCCGGAUGCUAAUCAACAGUCUAUGCUUUUCCAAAUUGAUUAUCCAGAAAUAGCUGAUGCUUCUGGUGUAAUACCUCGACAUCGGUUUAUGUCUGCUUAUGAACAACAUGUUGAACCACCAGAUAAACGAUGGCAAUACUUAUUGUUCGCUGCUGAACCAUAUGAAACAAUUGCUUUUAAAAUUCCUAGUCGUGAAGUAGAUAAAGACCCCAAGAAGCUGUGGACUUAUUGGAAUUCCAGCUCUAAACAAUUCUUCCUACAGUUCGCUUUCAAACUAGAAAGUCAAUCAUCUUCUACCGCUAUGCUUCGUGAUUUAGAAAUGCAAAAAGCUAAAGCUCAACAUGCCCAACUUCAGCUUCAAUUACCUCCACCGCCACCGCCACCACCUCCGCCUCCACCACAUGCUAUUGGUCUUCCUAUUCCAAGUUUCCUUCUUAAUAUGCCUUUAAAUACCAGCAUGACUAACAUGCCGCCGCCCCCGCCCCCGCCACCAAUUAUGGUUGGAGCAAAAGAUACAAGGCCCUUACUACCUCCUCCUCCUCCACCACCACCUUCAUUCUCACUAGGUGCUCCGCCGCCCCCUCCACCACCGCCCUCUUUUGGAGUAAAUUCUAGUGGUGUAGGGACAAAUGCUUCUUCAGCACCAAUCCCACCACCGCCGCCACCAACACCCCCAGCUUCCCUUCAACUGAAUGGGAACUAAGCAGUUGAUUAUUGUACUCUGUUAAUAUUUAUAUACACGCAUGAGUUAUUU